AUGAAGCUGCCUUUCAGGAUUGCCCUGUUGGUUCUGCUCCUCCUGGGGCUAAUCUGCGCAAAGGAUAACCCCACCAAGACGCCCACGAGAGACAAGUACAGAAAUAAAUUUCGUAAACAUCACAAGAUACCCACCUUGAGUGAUGACCAGGAUCGAAAUUUCCUGCAAAUGAAGUCUGCACACAUUUACAACCCUUCCUUAGCGUACAGAGAUCUAUUCGACAACAACUCAAUGGGAACGUCUACCAUUUACUACAACCGUCUGAUGUGGGGGGCCGUCAUCUUCCUCUUCAUGUUUAUAAUGGUGAGCAGCAUAGGGGUGUUUCUGUACGUGAAUAAUUUGGAGAACAGCCCGACGAAGAAGAGGAAUGUGAAGAACGCCACGAACUACUAUGUGGUCAAUCCGACCGUGCCCUACGUUUAG